AUGGCCCCUUCCACCACUUCGGAGACCGCGUCUCCUAUCGGUAUUGCCAACCUCCCCAACCAGCGACACAAGAUCGUCGCUAAACGGGGUGCGGCUUUCACUAUUAUGGUUGCUGGAGAGUCUGGAUUGGGAAAGACCACAUUCAUCAACACUCUGUUCUCGACCACCAUCAAGAACUAUGCCGACCACAAGAAGCGCCACGCCAAGCAGAUUGAUAAGACCGUCGAGAUCGAGAUCACCAAGGCUGAGUUGGAGGAGAAGUUCUUCAAAGUGCGCCUGACCGUCAUCGACACCCCUGGCUUCGGAGACUACGUCAACAACCGUGACUCGUGGCAGCCCAUUAUUGAGUUCCUCGAUGACCAGCACGAAUCAUACAUGUUGCAGGAGCAGCAGCCGCGCCGUACAGACAAGAUCGAUCUCCGUGUCCACGCCUGUCUGUACUUCAUCAGACCCACCGGCCACACCCUGAAGCCCCUUGAUAUUGAGGUUAUGAAGCGCCUCUGCUCUCGUGUCAACCUGAUCCCCGUCAUUGCGAAGGCUGACACUCUCAGCCCUUCUGACCUGGCUAGAUUCAAGCAGAGAGUCCGCGCUGUGAUUGAGGCUCAGGGUAUCAAGAUCUACCAGCCCCCGAUUGAGGAGGAUGACGAGCACGCUGCUGCCCACGCCCGCAGCCUGAUGGCUGCCAUGCCAUUCUCGGUUAUUGGUUCGGAGAAGGACGUCAAGACCAACGAUGGCCGUGUUGUCAAAGGCCGUCAGUACAUCUGGGGUGUCGCAGAGGUUGAGAACGAGGACCACUGCGAUUUCAAGAAGCUCCGCUCGAUCUUGAUCCGUACCCACAUGCUGGAUCUCAUCCACACCACCGAAGAGCAGCACUACGAAGCUUACCGUGCCGGCCAGAUGGAAACGCGGAAGUUUGGCGAGGCGCGUCCCCGCAAGCUGGACAACCCCAAGUUCAAGGAGGAAGAAGAGGCUCUGCGCAAGCGCUUCACGGAGCAGGUCAAGAUCGAGGAACAGCGCUUCAGACAGUGGGAGCAGAAGCUCAUUGCGGAGAGAGACCGUCUCAACAAGGACCUGGAGAGCACACACGCUGCGAUCAAACAACUGGAGCAGGAACUCGAGCAGAUGCAGGCCUCGACCGCUCGCAGUCACGGUCGUCGUUAA